CGCUUUCCUUGUUCGAAUACAAAAUCCCCGCCGCUUCGAUAGUGCAGGGGACUGGCGGGACGCGGGAGAGAAAAAGUAGGAACGGAUGUUAGGUUAGGUUAGAUUAGUGCAGUUGAUAGAUAGGGAUCAAUGGAGAAAUCUCUGAUAUCACUCGGUAAGGGCACAAAUUGUUCUUCAUGGAAUUACUGUGGCCAGAGACUGGCCACUGGAUCGAUCGAUGGAACGCUUUCCAUCUUUGAUUCUCCAGAACCAGAUUCCUCGGCCUUCACCUGCACUUCGAAAUUCAAGGCACAUGAAUCAAGCAUUUUGAAAGUUAUUUGGAUCCCCCCGGAAUAUGGUGAUGCAGUUGCAUGCAUUAGCACAGAUGGAACAUUUUCAUUGUGGGAGGAAGUUGAAGAAGAUGGUCAACCUCUCAAAUGGAAGGUGUGCAAAUGCUUUGAAAGAACUGCAGCUCUAGUGCUGGAUCUCCAAUUUGGAAUUUCCACUUCAAGUUUGAGAAUGGUUGUAGCUUAUUCAGAUGGCCAUGUUAAAGUCUAUGAGCUCCUGGACCCCUUGGAACUGAAGAAGUGGCAACUUCAGGCAGAAUUUCAGAAUGUGAUUGAUUCUGUAUCGGGCUUCCAAAAACCUUCAUGUUUAUCUGCAUCCGUCUCUUGGAGUCCUCAGAGAAGUGAAAGCGUCCAAUCAAGUUUUGUUUUGGGUUUUAAUUCAAAUCUACCACAGUUCAAUUCCUCCAAGGUUUGGGAAUUUGACGCGGCGCAUCAACGGUGGCUGCCUGUUGCGGAGCUGGCUUUGGCUGGUGACAAGGGUGAUCAGGUCUAUGCUGUUGCAUGGGCACCCAAUAUUGGCAGGCCAUAUGAAGUAGUAGCUGUUGCGACAUACAAGGGGAUUGCAAUAUGGCAUCUGGACCUGAGCCCUGACACGGAUGGAAGGCUUUCAGUGGACAAGGUUGCGUUGCUUUCUGGCCAUGAAGGCGAGGUGUGGCAAAUGGAGUGGGACAUGAGUGGAAUGACAUUGGCAACAACUGGAAGUGAUGGGGUAGUUAGGUUGUGGCAGUCUAACUUGAAUGGGGUGUGGCAUGAACAAGCUACCCUUGAAUCCACUUCCUAGGUCCUGCUCCUCUAUCCUCUUUUUGGUGGGCAUUUGUUGUAAUCAUAUUUGGUUUGAAGUACAGAAAUGGAGCUUAGCAAAUGAUGAAUAGACCUAAUUGGAGAAAAA